CCCCAACGGCGCGGGGGGCCCCGGUGCCCACUCCCGGGUCACUCACCAGCACAGUGCACACGCAGCACUGCCGCGAAGAUUGUUGCGGGAUUAUAUGAGAGCGGGAGAUCAGCGGCCGUUUCACUCCUCCGCGCCCGAUCGGGCGCACUGCACAUGUGGUGUGUGUCACGCGCCUCGUCACUCACCCGCAACCCUCAUCUCCCCACUCUCCCCCGUCGACGGCGGGCGCUCCUGGCAGCAAAGGAACAAGAUGUCCAAUAGGGCCACACAUUGGUGUUAUGCCUGUCGGCGACCAAUUCGUCUCCGUGGGCAGGAUAUCAUAUGCCCAAACUGCAAUGAUGGUUUUAUCCAAAAAAUCAGUGAGAUGGGUGGCCGAUUGAACACUUACGGGCUAAUUGAACCGGACUUUGAAGAGCGUCGAGCUAGAAGAUUUGGAAUGAUGGAUGCCAUGUCUUCCCUUAUGCGGCAACGGAUGGAAGAAAUGGUAGAAGAUAGUUUGUUUGAUAUUCAUGGUAGACAAGGGGCAGGUACUGAAUAUAGAAGGAGGCCAACUGCUGUUCCUACACUGGUAUUUGGCGGCAUCCCUUCUCCUGGAGUUGGUAGCAGUGAUGUUAAUGUUGUCCUCAGGGGAGGCCGCAGAGUUGGCACUGCCCAUCCAAAUUUCAGGAGUUUAGUUGUUGGUCCCAGUCUGGAAGCUCUAUUUGGGCAGCUAUUCAUCCAGAACAACCGUCAAGGCCCAGCACCUGCUCCACAGUCAGCUAUUGAUUCCAUGCCUGUGGUGAAAAUAAAUCGCAGGCAUCUUGACGAUGAUCCACAGUGCGCAGUUUGCAAAGACAAAUUUGAGCUUGGGGCAGAGGCACGGGAGAUGCCAUGCAAGCACUUGUACCAUACUGACUGCAUCAUCCCCUGGCUGGUUCAACACAAUUCUUGCCCUGUUUGCCGCCAUCCACUGCCAUCACAGCGAUCAGGCAGUACUAGUACCCCCCGUGCGCCUUCAGCUUACUACAAUGAAGCCGCUGAUGCUCCUGAGGUCACCAGAACAGAUCUUGAUCCUGCUCCAAGAAACAGUGGCAGCGAAAGCCAGGAAAGGCACAGCUCCUUCUCGUUUCUCUGGCCAUUUGGCCCGUCGGGUUCCAGUUCCAGUCCUUACCAAUACUAAGAAAGUGUUGAUGAGCCUGCCGUAUACGAUCCAAACCAGAUAGCAUAUUCCGAGUGCCACUAUGACCACUGACUGUAACCCAGCAUCGAGUCCAAGCUAUCUGCAAUUCGUGCCUUGAUCUUCAGCUUCAGCUUUUGUGAGGCAUUCAUCAGCUGUAAUGGCUGCUUGCCGUAGAUAAAAGGCAAGGAUGGUUCUUGCCUGUUGUCUUGUGUUCAGUGCAUACCUUUGCUCCUCAUGUCCAUUGUGGAGCAAUGAACUCUGCUGUAAUGCCCGUAUAUAUUCCUGUUUUGGUAUAUUAAGUGUAAAGCUAUUAUAGUACAUAAUCCCCUAUGUGCAGUAAUAAGUGAACUGAAUGCAUCCAGAAUAUCAUGUCAUGGUAAACAUGAUUAUAUUUACAUGGUUGUCUUUUUA